AUGUGGAGGCUGAGAUUUUGUGAAGGUGAAGAUGAUGACGAGCCGUGGCUAACGAGCUUUAAUGGCCAUAUUGGGAGACAGUUUUGGGAAUUCGACCAAACCGUCGGGACAGCUAAACAACUAGCUCUGGUCGAAAAAGCUCGUCAUGAGUUCAGACAAAACCGUCAUGAGACGAGGCACAGUUCGGAUCUCUUGAUGAGAAUUCAGUUUGCAGCAAAGGAGAAUUCUUGUGGAGUGGAUUUGCCAUUGCAAGUGAAAGUAGGGACUGAAGAAGAUAUUACGAGGGAUGAGGAAGUGGGCAUCACACUAACAAGAGCCCUCAGAUUUUACUCAACUCUUCAAGCUGAGGAUGGGCACUGGCCAGGUGACUAUGGUGGCCCUUUGUUUCUUUUGCCAGGCCUGGUUAUAGCUUUGUCUGUAAUGGAUGAUGCUGUGGAUGCCAUUCUCCCGGACGAACACAAGAAAGAGAUGUGCCGUUACCUGUAUAACCAUCAGAAUCUUGAUGGAGGCUGGGGAUUGCAUAUAGAAGGACACAGCACCAUGUUCUGCACGGCCCUUAAUUAUGUCGCGUUAAGGCUGUUAGGAGAAAAAAUCGUCGGUGGAGAUCGAUCGAUGCAGAGAGCACGAAAUUGGAUCCUCGAUCAUGGUGGUGCCACCUGUAUUCCUUCUUGGGGAAAAUGCUGGCUCUCGGUUCUUGGCGUGUACGAGUGGAAUGGAAAUAAUCCUCUGCCACCCGAGCUAUGGCUUCUCCCUUACUUUGUUCCUUUUCAUCCAGGGCGAAUGUGGUGUCACUGCCGAAUGGUAUAUUUGCCGAUGUCGUAUUUAUACGGGAAGAGAUUCGUGGGCCCGAUUAACCGAACUAUUCUCUCUCUUAGGAGAGAGCUCUAUGUUCAAGCCUACCAUCAAAUUGACUGGGAUUUGGCCAGAAACCAAUGUGCCAAGGAGGAUUUAUAUUAUCCACACCCACUUUUACAAGACAUCCUAUGGAAGUGUCUGCAAGAGUUUGCCGAACCUCUUCUCGUGAAAUGGCCUUUUUCUAAGCUAAGGCAGAGAUCGCUAAGCACCGUUAUGAAGCAUAUCCGUUACGAAGAUGUAAACACUAAUUACCUCUGCAUUGGACCUGUGAAUAAGGUUUUAAAUAUGCUUUGCUGUUGGGUGGAUGACCCGAAUUCAAAGGCCGUCAAGAGCCAUUUCGCGAGAGUUAAAGACUAUUUGUGGGUGGCUGAGGAUGGAAUGAAAAUGCAGGGAUAUAAUGGUAGCCAGUUGUGGGAUGUUGUUUUGUCUGUCCAAGCAAUAAUCGAAACAAAUCUUAAACAAGAGUACGGUUCGAUCCUUACCAAGGCUCACGAAUUCAUCAAAAUGUCGCAAAUGAGAAAAGACAGUACAGGAAAUCCAAGUUCUUGGUAUCGGCAUAGAUCUAAAGGCGGAUGGCCGUUUUCAACGGCAGACAAUGGCUGGCCGGUUUCAGAUUGCACGGCGGAAGGCCUUAAGGCAGCCCUUAUGUUAUCACAGCUGCCAUCUGAGAUUGUUGGGGAAGCCUUGGAAACCGAUAAGCUACACGAUGCGGUCGAUUUUAUUUUAUCCCUUCAGAACAACGAUGGAGGUUUUGCCUCAUACGAACUUACAAGAUCAUACGCUUGGUUAGAGAUGAUUAAUCCAUCGGAAACGUUUGGUGACAUCGUGAUCGACUACCCGUAUGUCGAGUGCACGUCUGCUGCAAUCCAAGGUUUGAAGCUCUUCCGAGAACUCUGUCCCAACUACCGAGGAAAGGAAGUCGACACUUGCAUCCAAAAAUCGGUUAAAUUUAUAGAAAGCAAACAGUUACCAGACGGCUCGUGGUACGGUUCUUGGGGAGUAUGCUACACAUACGGGACGUGGUUCGGGUUAACGGGACUUAUCAAUGGCGGCAAGACGUACGCAAACAGCCCAUCCAUUAGAAAAGCUUGUGAGUUUUUGCUGUCGAAACAACUCCCAUGUGGAGGCUGGGGCGAAAGCUACCUCUCGAGCCAAGACAAGGUAUACAUGAAUCUUGGAGAGAACAAACUGCACAUCGUAAACACUGCAUGGGCCCUGCUAGCACUUGUUGAAGCAGGACAAGCCGUUCGGGACUCGACUCCACUGCACCGUGCGGCCAAAGUGCUGAUCAAUUCACAAAUGGUGAAUGGAGAUUUUCCUCAGCAGGAAAUUAUUGGUGUAUUCAACCGAAACUGUAUGAUAAGCUACUCAACUUACAGAAACAUUUUUCCCAUAUGGGCACUUGGAGUUUACCUUAACAAGGUUUUAAGGUCUUCAAAUUGA